AUGCCACCAUACCCGCGGCCCGUCUCUCCAAUCUCGCUCGAAUCGUGUUCGCUUCCGGUCUCUGACAUAGAGUCAGAUGACCUCCUCGGCUCUGAUGAUGAGCUAGAUGAGUUUGAACGCGCUGCAAAGCGCCAAAGAAUCGAGAAAAUCGCUGAAACGUAUCUACAAGGAAGCCAACUCUUUAUGCUGUCAGCGUCGCUGCGAGGGCCGUUUGAUAGAGGCUGGAAGAAUCCGUGGCAAAAAACGAGAAAGACACGGGCUGAAACUAGGACGUCUCCGCCGAAUAUAAGGCUGAGCAAAAAUGGGGCUGGCUAUGUGGUGCAAGAAACGGACUUGCGACAGUCGAAGUAUCGGGAAGAUCUAGCUGCUGAUCCUCAGCUCCAAGCUCGGUCGAAUAAGGGUACAAGCUUCAUUUUGGCUUCUAAAUCAACACAGAAGAGGCUGCUCAAACAAGAAACUGAGACAAAUGAAUCGCCGCGUGAGUUGAAGAAAUCCAAGCGAUCUUCUCCGCGGGUUGUGGAUGAACAAAGCUUUGCUGAGCAUAAGUCUGUGGACUGGCUGAGGAAGGAUAAGAAACAUAUGAGCUUCACAAGAUUUGACCCUCCUAGCUCUCCAACGCCCAAGGCCGGACAUGGAUCAAUAGACAUCAAAGCACGACGGACUAAAUUGCAUUCUGAUGUGCCUAGGUCUCCCACCUCUCCUUCGCAGGUUCGAUCUCCCAAAAAUACAACUAUUGAAGAGCAGCCUGUCAAUUCAGCGGUGAAUGGUCCAACGCAACAGACUCGAUCAUUUCACCUGAAUACCGAAAAGAGAUCUAAAGUAUCACCACUUAAGCCGGAGAUGCCCCCUAUGUUGAAUCAAGCAACGUCUUCGUUCAGGCUUAUCGCUUCGACGUCACAGUUGCCGCGUUUUGAGUACCGACAGCGAUACAACGACACUUCAAACCCCCAGGUUGAACAGUAUUCCCCUGUGAAAAAUAGUGCCAUACCUCCGCCGUCUGAAGAAAAUAUAACAAAUCGAGGAGCCGAUGAUUUAGAUGAACCGAUCGAUCAUGGCUCAACUGACUUUGGACCGGAAAAUACGGAACGUGUUCUGAGGGAAGAAGAACGGCCCAUUCAGCUUUCGAAGAGUUUGAGAUUUGCCGACGAUACAGAUUAUGCCGGUUCCAGCACAUACCUACAAACCCUAACAGAGCCAAAUACAUACGAAGAGCUGCCAUCUGCCCAACAAAUUCCGGCUCUACCAGGGGCCUCCGACCGCAUCCAAUCCUUACACUCCACGGCUGUGCCAAACAUAGCUUCUCAACAGAGCUCAGAUACUAGCCAUGAUACGCAACCUUCAACACAGGCUGCCUUGAUGUACGCCCAAAAAUCCUUUCAAAACGACUUAGAAAGCCCCGGACAGCAAUAUGAGAGUCCACCCUCGCAGCUUGCAAUGGCGCACGUUGGAAACGAUUCAUUACUUGCCCAUGAAACUCCUCUUUUCCGCCCCGAUACCUCAGAGCGAGCUCUUCCUCGAAGCUUCAAAAUUCUUGAAGGUGAUAGAGUGCAAGCUAUGAGCACGCAGUGCAUGAUUGAUGCAGCCACACCUUUCACUUUCAGUACAGAAAAGAAACCAAAUGCAGCGCGGUUGAUUUCUCCCAAGAAAACUAGUCCCCUAAAGUCGAGGACGAAUAAGAGCGAGACUGCAAAGGCCCGGCCACCUUCUCGGGAGUCACCCACAAACCCAGAGAAUGAGGACCACGACACCUUUCAAUCAAAUAUGGAAGAUUCGAAAAAACAUGAAAGUGGCCUGCAGUCAGACCAGACACAGUUGAACCAAUCGACUACCCAGUUCACUGCCCUACAAUCUUUGAGUGGAUCCAUACCACCCAUAGUACAUGAUGGCCAGGGGGCGGAUAGCUUCCAUCUCAGUCAGGCGAUUGCCGAUGCUGGCAGUUGGUUGCAGCAAAGUUUCGAUAUAUUCAAAGAGACUGGACGUCCAAGUCAGACUGGUGGAGAGAUUUCAUCGGAUGCACAUUAA